AUGGGAAUAACAUAUCUUCUGAGUUCUAUCAUUAUUUCUUCGAUGCCUCCAGAAGUAAUUAAACGAAACAGAGAGGUUGUUAUUGCUGAGGGAAUUGGUCCCGCCAGAAUGCUCACCUUAAAUCGGCCUAAACAUUUAAAUGUUAUAUCAGGCAAAGUGGCAUUAAUGCUUGCUCAGGAAUUGGAUAAAUAUGAGAUUGAUGAUAAUGCUGAAUUUGUAACCAUCAAGGGAGCUGGCCGUAUAUUCUCUGCUGGUGGGGACUUGCAAAGGAAACACAACUUUGAAGGGGUUUGUCUUGAAGAUGUUUAUAGUAUUUAUUGGCUUUGCUAUCACAUUCAUACUUACAAGAAACCGCAUAUCGCUCUUGUCCAUGGAUUAUCAGCGGGUGGAGGUCUAUCCUUGAUGGUUCCAAUGAAGUUCUCCGUUGUCACUGAAAAAGUAUUUUGUUCCACUCCCGAAGCAAACCUAGGAUAUCACCUAGACUGUGACUUAUCAUACAUACUCUCACACCUUCCAGGUCGACUUGGGGAAUAUUUGGGCUUAAUAGGAGCGAAAUUGAAGGGUAAAGAAGUGGUUGCUGCUGGAUUAGCAACUCAUUUUGUACCUUCACACAAAGAAUUUGAGUUAGAGAAGAGUUUACUGAGCAUAAACAACGCUGAUCAAGAGGAUACUAUUAGAUCUCUCAUCGAUAAGUUCUCUACUAAUGUUCAAAUAGAUGAAACAAGUGUCUUGAGCAAGUUGUCCAUAAUCGAUGAUUGUUUCUCCAGGGAAACAGUGGAGGAGAUCCUGGAUUCAAUUGAAGCUGAAGCAGGCAAAAAAGGAAAUGAUUGGAUUAUGCCAGUGCUUAAAAGUAUAAAGAAAGCAUCUCCAAUUGGACUGAAAAUAACAUUGAGAUCGAUACGAGAAGGAAGGACCCAAACCCUAUCUGAAUGUUUGAGAAAAGAAUUUAGGAUUACAAAGAACACAUUACAAACAAUAAUAUCUGAUGAUUUGUAUGAGGGAAUAAGGGCUGCCAUCAUUGACAAGGACAAGUCUCCAAAGUGGAACCCUUCAACUCUUGACAAAGUGCACGAUGAGCAACUCGACUUAAUCUUCAAGCCAUUCGAUGAACAUGACUUGGAACUUCAAAUUCCUACAAAAGAAGAAGAAUAUUACAGAUGGGGAGGAAAAUAUGAGAAUUCUGGUUAUUGUCUCCGAACAAAAUGAAAAUUCAAAAAUGUU